AGAGUAUAUAAUAUAGAUACAGGGAGGGUAUAUAGAGGGGCAGUGUGCCCGCUGUCGCGGACUCUGAUGGGGAUGGCGGAGGGGGAUCAGGCCGCGCUCUCUCAGAGGCUUCGUGCUGCUGUUCACUACACAGUUGGGUGUCUUUGUGAGGAAGUUGGGGAAGAUAAAGGAACAGAAUUCAGUAAACAAACAAUUGCUGCCUUAGCAGAAACAACCUUCAGACAAUGUGAGAAUUUUGCUACGGACCUUGAGCUUUUUGCAAAACAUGGAAAGCGGACCACUGUUAACACAGAUGAUGUGAAACUGCUAGCAAGGAGGAGCAAAGCACUGCUGAACUUCAUCACAGAGAAAUGUAAUGAACUAGCUUCCAGUAAUGCAGAGCAGAAAGAGAAGAGAGCAGUCACAACAGGAAAAGGAAAGAAGAAAUCCACUCACCACCUUGAGCCCAUGGUAACUGAAAUUGAAGAUGUUGCCAUCAAUUAAUCUACAGAAAAGGCAUUUCAAAUAGAAAGCUUAUCUCGGACCUAGUACAGAAAGUGAGAUCUCUGUAGCUCUCUCAACAAAUUUUCCACAACAAAUUCUCCCAUGCCUCUCUUUGAAGAUUUGAUGAUACAAGUGAACACCAAAUUUGCGUGACAUAGUUUGAAAUGGUUAUGCAAACUAACAAAUAAGAUGAGGUUCAGAUAAAUAGAUGCCAGUCUGCCUUGGUCUGGUGACUGAUUUUGUAAGUGACGACCAGUACCUUUUGGAGUAUAAUUUACAGUGUAUCAUUCAUCAUAAGUAAGGUUAUCUCUGAUACAUUUUGGAUGCGUUGAAAUGAGUGUCUGCAUUCUUAAUUGGAAUGUUUAAUUUGCCUGUGUAAAGUAAUAUUGUUGAUGAUUUAAUGUUUUAUCAAUAUUCAAAUUUUUCAUUAAAUCUGAUAUAAUAAUUUUA